UGGAAGGGUGACCACGGCUGGUUCUGUCUCUGUCUGCGCACGAGUCUGAGAGGGAAAAACCCUAGCCGCCUUCCUCCAUCAGUCCGUCCCAAGCCCGCGACACCAUGGCUGCAUCCAACGGCGGUGGCGGCGGCCCGGGCCCCGGGCCGAUCUCGGCCGAGGCGGAGGCGGCGUUUGGAGAGGCCAUCAGGCUAGUGUUCGGGCGGUGGACGGCGCUGCAGAUGGCGGUGGAGAACCAGUGGGGCGGCCGCGACUCUCGCUCCAAGGCCGAUCAGUUCGGCGAGUCCAUCCUCUUCUGGUUCUGCCGCACUAAGGGUCCACAUUAUUUCGAAGACUUGGUGGAUAUGAUGUAUGACACAAUUUCUGAAUCCUUCAAUUCUGACUUUGAGGAUAAUAGUGUUGAGGAGGUUGCUGAACAGUUAUUGAUCAUACAUGAAGAAUGUCUGCAAAACAAUUAUUCUUCUAUAGAGAAGUUAAGGAACUCACAUGUUCAGGGGAAUGCUGUUUCUCAAAGUAGACAGAUAGUGGCCGAUGAUGACGAUGACAGUGAUAGCUCAGAUGAUGGUGAUGACACAUCAAUGAUGGAGGAUCAAGAGGCUCCUCCGGAAGAAAUGGCAGUGGACAGGCCAAGGCCGCCCAGGCCUACACCCGAUGCCGAUGGGUGGACCGUUGUGCCUCCUAGGCGUGGUGGUCGCAACAGGAAUUAGGCACAGCUGGAAACCUUGCUGAAUAUAUACAUGUUGCUAGCUGCCGGCUUUCGUACGCGGUGUUUCUGAGUGUUGCGGCUUCAUCCUUUACAAUGUAUCACUCGGGAUUUUACUCGACAGGGAUGAUGUUGAGUGUGUAGUAGUAUGUUUUGUUUGCCACCGCCCACCAAAUUGUUGUAAACAUGGUAAUUAUUAUAGAUACAACUGUGAUCAGGUUGAGUGCUGCAGUGUCAUCGUUUA